GUUUGCAUUGUCAAUUCAGUCACUUCCGGUGUUUUAUCGUUAUUAUUAUUAUUAUUAUUGUCACUACUGUUUUUUUAUCGGUCUGUGGUUUUUCCUACCUAAGAAAGUAUAAAUUACUGUGUAAAUUUCAGAACGCCUGAAUCUACACGGUUUGCACAUACACAUAUAUUUGUAAUUCUAGGAAUUAUUAGUACGGUGUAACAAUGUUUGUCGCUAAUAAAGGAAAAAUCAUUCUCCUGAUGGCUUUACUUAUUAUCUUCCAAGUUGACUCUUUAACGUAUUCAGAAUGUACCAGAAAGCUAGAAUUUUUAUUUAGACGCUGUUAUAUUACAACGUUGAUUACGAAAAGCUGUUCUAAUUUUGAUCAGGGAUCCAUGUCAUCUUCUUACAAUGAUGUUGUGAAAUUGGGGAAACUUUGUAACGAUUGUGGAGGGUGUGUACCUUCAUUCAUGAGUUGUUCAUUGCAAGGUCUUGAAAAGAAUCCAUACAAAGAAUGUCCUCAGGCUAGAACAUAUGCUAAUACUUUUCGUAGAAAGAUGUCAAUGAAAUAAUUCGUUAUAUCAAUGUACGGAUCAGAUUUAACAAUGCUGAUUUCUUUUCAGAAUGUUGAUCAAGAAUAUAGUUAUUUAUCUUGAUGAUUAUUACUCGCGGAGUUUGAUUUCACAUGAUUUUUCCAUCUUACUGAUUGUUAAAUGCCUAUGUUAAAAAGUAAAAAUUAUAUACUAAUAAAGACAAUUGUCAAUUCA